CCACCACCACCAGGACGAAACCCUACUGCACAAUCUCACCUCACCGCCCUCGCUGGCCGCGCCGAGGAGCCGCCACCUUUAAAGCCAGCCGAGCCGCCCACAGCCCACCAGUCCAGUCCAGUCCACCACCACACCGCGCACUCCCCACUCCCUCCCACGCCGCCCCCGCACUCGAGCACGAGCACCCGCCAUGGCGCGCCCCGCCCACGCCGUCGUCGCGGCGGUCCUGGCCGUCGUCCUCGCGCUGGCGUCCGGCGCGGCGUCGCAGGCGCCGGCGGCGGGGCCGGCGGGGGACUGCGGCUCCGCGCUGACGGGCCUCGCCGGCUGCCUCCCCUACAUCUCGCCGGGGGCCGCGCAGGGCAAGCCGCCCAAGGAGUGCUGCGCCGGCGUCAAGGCCGCGCUCGCCAGCCCCGCCAGCGUCGCCUGCCUCUGCGACGCCUUCGGCAAGGACUACGGCAUCCCCAUGAACCUCACCCGCGCCAAGGGCCUCCCCGCCGCCUGCGGCGGCAACCCGGCCGCCCUCAGCAACUGCAGCCUGAAACUGCCCGGCGGAGCCCCUAACGGCGCCCCUACUGAAGCACCUACACCAACUUCUGGAUCAACCCCAGCAACCAUCAGCCCAAGCCCAGCGAAAUCAGCAGCGACCAGGUCUCCCGUCUCGGCGGCAACCCUCCUCCUAGCCGCGGUGUUGGCGCCUCUGCUCUCCUACUACUACCUCUGAAGAUCCAUGGCAUGGUUUGUUCCAUGAAUUACUGUGAUGUGUAUGGGCAUUGCGCCACGAUUUAGUGACUACUUUGUGGAGAGAACUUAUUCUGCUAGCUGUUCGGUUUAGCUUACUGUUGCCUGAACUACGAAUUCUUAUUGGCACCAAGUAGUUGUACUAUAUUUGCAUGGUGUCUUGCGAAUAAAGUUGAUAAAUGCCGUAGCUAA